UUUUUUUUUGUACUCUCGUAAUGCCAUCAAUGCCAAAUUCUAGUUGGUCCUUACGAUGGGAAGAUUUGGAUAUGCCAAUUGAUCAUGAUAGUAUCGCCCGUAUCAUCGAAAAGGAAGGUCAAAAUAAUGAAGCACCGAGAAGUUAUCAACAUUUUUUCCAACAAUUGAAAACAACACUUCAGCAACAGCAACAACUACGACAGCAAGCUUCACCUCCCCGUGACAAGACGAAAUCUCCACAACAAGAUACUAAUGCUAACCACGACUAUCUUUAUAAGGACUUUGCUAUGAUCCUUCAAAGCAAUUACGAAGAUUUGGAAAAAGCUUACAAAGUGCAAUACAGUCUGCGACAACAAUUGAACAUUGAAAUGGAAGAUAUCAGGAUUAGUUUACAGCAAAAAGAACACGAGGUCACCGAACUUAAGGAACAAAAUACAACACAGGCUCUCGAAUUGCAACGACUAAAAGAACAACAUACAACACAACUAAAUCAACUUAUACAAGAAAAAUAUCAACUUACUCAAGAACGUGACCAACUCAAAGUGCAAAGUAACCAGCAAGCAGGGCGAUGUGCAGCAAUGGAGAGCGAACGACGCGCUUUAAAUGAAAAGAUAAUUGAAAUGCAAAGAGGUCUUAAUGCGGCACGAGAUUCACAACGAGCAAAAGAUCGACAAAUGCAUAGUGGGGCAGUACAGCGACAGAAAAUGGAAGUGGAACUUAUGAAACAACUCAAAGAACUGAAUGACGCACGCGAAGAACUGAAUGACGCACGCAAAGCACUGAAUGAUACACGCGAAGAAUUGGAUAAGUCUACAAAAAGCAACGACGCCAAAACGGAUACCAUUGCACAACUACAAGGCGUUCUUAAUGUACUCACUACAAUUCCUGGAGUCUGUGACAUGGCACGACAACUUACAUACAAUAGUAGACAAUCUCCAACACAACAACAAGCCAAUGCACAGCCCAUAACAUACCAGCAAGUCCCACAACGAUUACAACAACAACAACAGCAACAGCAACAGCAACCUCAGCAACAACAACAACCUCAGCAACAACAACAACCUCAGCAACAACAACAACCUCAGCAACAACAGCAACAGCAACAACAGCAACAUCAUCAACAGCAACAUCAUCAACAGCAACAUCAUCAACAGCAACGAUUUUUUCCUACACCUCCCAUGGUUGUUCAACCUAUAUCUCCCACCACUUCAACUCACUCUUCUUCAGUUCCGCCUUCGCCAACAAUCGUUACGCAAAUGCCUUUACGAGGACAUGAAGGGAAUCCAGCUAUCAAUGGUACUAUAUCUCAUCCAACAAUAAUGAACAAUGAUCAAACUACUCAACCAUAGAUAGAUAUUCCUAUGACAUUUGUAAUCCUACCCAUAUUCUAGUAUAUAAUAUCCUCUCUUUUUUUUUUUUAUCCUAUCACUUUGACUUGUAGUGUCUUCCUCAUUUGUAUAUUAUUAACUUCAAUUAUUUUGCUCCUUUUAUAUUGAAAUAAAUUCAUUUUUUUGAUCCAUCUCAACCUAUG